AUGGGUAUUUCUCAACAAGAGUACCGUCAGUUGAUGAGAAGUGAUGAAAGCAUCAAUUUCACCUGUACAAGAUGCAAUGAAGAAGAAACACUAAGUGGUCCUGCUCAUUCCACCCACAUUGAGGAUUCGGGAAAUGUCAACUUAGAAUAUGGGCAGUUCAACAUGUCCAACAUCAGUGCUGGAGGUAACACAACAGACCUCAACAGGACAUACACCAUUGAACCUGCAAUGCCAAUGCCUGAUGCUGCCUCUGAUGUGGACCCCACACCACCUGAGCCUGCCUCUGACCUUGAGGAUGUGGACCCCACACCACCUGAGCCUGCCUCUGACCUUGAGGAUGUGGACCCCACACCACCUGAGCCUGCUCUGAAUCUAACUACCACCUUUGAUGUGUCAAGAGGGCAAGAGGACAACGAUGAAGAAAUUGCUGAACACUCCAUACAGGAUCCGGAUCUUCCAGACACGAUUCUACCAGAUGUUCCUGUUAUCAUUAUUGGACUGCACAUGGUGUAUGAACAUCAUUAUUACCAGUUGGAAUAUUAA